AUGUUGGAUGACGAUAACAAAAUAUAUGGGCCGAGCCAACUGCGUGUGUUCAGAACACAGUUGGCCCUUUCCCUAGCGAUAGGAUUGUCCUCCUUUCUUUUGUUCUGUUUCCUCCGCAGAAGAUGGCCCCACAUGUAUGCCGUUCGUACUCUUCGAAAGGGCCUGCUUCGCCAUCGACAAUUGCCAGACGAUCUCUUCAAAUGGGUUGGUGCCGUGCUUUUGAUUUCGGAUGAGGAAGUGCUUGAGUACUCUGGACUCGAUGCUUAUGUCGUAUUGGCAUUUUUCAAGAUGGGGAUCAAGAUCUUCCUUCUUCUCACGGCGCUUGGGAUGUUUGUGUUGAGUCCGAUCCGGUACUACUUCACUGGCAAUUACGAUAAGGAUAAUGUAUCAUGGACGACUAUGGCCAAAUCAGGCGGCAAGCAGCCUCCUCUUCACGAAGAGUUCCCUCGCUACUUGUGGGUGUACCCAUUGUUCACCUAUCUUUUCUCCAUCAUAGUGUACCACCAAUUAUUUGCGUACACAAAGUUGGUGAUCAAGAUGCGACAGAAGUACUUGGCUUCUCAGAACUCCAUUACUGACCGAACCAUCAAACUUGAUGGCAUCCCCAAACGUCUCAUUCGCAAGAAUGACCCCUCGGCUCUCAAACGUUUCAUCGAAGAUUUGGGCGUUGGCCGCGUGGUAGAUAUCAAAUUGAUUUACGACUGGUCGGUAUUAGAAGACUUGUUUGAAAGAAGAAAACAGAUUAUCUCUAGGCUUGAGAAGCAUUAUUCGCAUUACUAUGAUCUACAAGUUGACUUGUACAACGAACACAAGUUGCCGCGGGUCCUCCCAGUAAUACCGACAAACAACCUGGGUAAACCUCGUCUGUCGAAGUUGAAGCUUCGCAAGAAAAUAGAUCAAGGUGCGAGAGAAUUGGUUGAGGUAGAUCGAAAAAUUCGAAACAUUCGAAACAAAUUCGACACUUCUCUGUCAACAAUGCCCAUCGGGCCCGAAUCUGACAUUCGCAUCUUGCCCUCAGCAUUCAUAACCAUGGACUCGGUUGCUUCAGCCCAAAUGGCAGCCCAAACGGUUUUGGAUCCUCGUGUUUACAAACUUAUGGUAUCGUUGGCACCAGCAGCUAAAGAUAUCAAUUGGAAGAAUUUGAAACUUUCAUACUAUGAAAAGCUUUACAAUUCCUACAUGAUAACAUCCUUAAUAGUUCUUAGUUACUCCGUUGUGUUCUUUUUGGUUACUACAUUGUCGACAUUGAUUGAUGUCAAAACUAUCACCAAGUUUUGGCCAGCUUUGGGCAACUUGAUUUCAAAAUCAAAAUGGUUGAGUACAUUUGUUACUGGUAUUUUGCCUCCCCUUUUAUUCUCCCUCAUGAAUGUGUCAUUCCCAUACCUUUACCGCAGUCUUUCUCAAAUGCAAGGAUAUUCGCUGUCUAGUGAAGUUGAGUUGUCUUCCUUACUGAAGAAUUUUUUUUUCAUAUUCUUCAUAUUAUUUUUGGUCUUUACCAUCACUGGUACACUCUGGGACUAUAUUUCCUCCAUAGGAGACACGACUCGAUUUGCUUCACAGCUAGCAAGUUCAUUAAAAAAAUUAUCUCUCUUUUAUGUGGAUUUGAUUUUAUUGCAAGGUCUUGCCAUGUUUCCAGUAAAGCUUCUUCAAAUAGGAGACUUUGUGAUUUUGAACAUCAUUGGAAAGCUUUUUUUCAUCAAAAGUCUCUUCUUGAGAACCCCGCGUGACUAUCGCUUUUUCUAUUACACACCGCCAGUAUUCGAUUUUGGUCUCAAUCUCCCGCAGCACAUUUUGAUCUUCAUCAUUAUCCUUAUUUACUCGGUUGUUUCCACAAAAAUAGUUACUAGCGGGCUAGUCUAUUUUUUGUUGGGGUUCUUUGUUUACAAAUACCAACUUAUCUACAGUUAUGUUCAUCCUCCCCACUCUACAGGCAAAGUGUGGCCAAUGAUUUUCCGGAGGUUAAUAUUUGGACUUAUAAUCUUUCAGCUUUUCAUGUGUGGAACGUUGGCUUUAGAAGGAGCUAUACUCUUGUCCAUCAUAUGUACUCCAUUAUUUUUGGUGACAAUGGCUGUGUCUUGGAACUUUGAGAAGUAUUACCUUCCGCUUCAUAAUUUCAUUGCCCUUCGGGCGAUCCAGAGCCCUGUCGAUUUCGAUACGCAGUUCGAUGACGAUCAACUGCUGGCUCUGGCUCCAUCAGAGGAGGUGUUGAGGUAUGAAUCUUCCCGAUCUCCAGGACCAGAAAACCACACAACGGAGGAGGCAACAGAAACCUCCGUUCUACUUGAUGGCGAUUUUUCAAUUUCCAACGCGUCGCCUCAACGAAGACAUAGACGCAAAGUCUCCACGGUGGAUGAAGAACGAGAGCAAUUUACAGAUUAUACUCACCCUGAUUUGGUAAACCCUCUUUACGGACCAUGGAUUGGUUUUGAAGGGGACUAUAUACUGAUGGUGGAGUAUCUGCUAACCGAUGAUAGCCCUGUUGACAUAAGUGGCCACGAACUCGAAAAUGGCAGGACCCAGAUAGAAGAUUCUCGGGAUGGGGAAUAUAUCCUUCGUCGACAAAUUCAGGUUCCCGAAUGGGAAUAG